AUGAAGAGUGAAAAUUAUAUUGGUCUUUCUUCAACAAUUGUUUUUGAUAUUUCAAUUGUUCAUCCCGAUAAACAUGCUACAGAUGAUCAAUUGCAGGAAUAUAAGCUCUUGUUUUGGCAUCCACAUUCUAAUUUCAAAGAAUUGUGCCUACAUUCAGGACUUAUUGAAGGAUUAAUACGCCUUGGAAGGUCUUUUGGGUCUGUUAAGCCAGUAGAAAUUAUAAAAACAAAAUUUUUCACAAUUGCUUUGCAUGAAUGGGAAAAAGACUUGUUUGUUGCAAUGGACUUCAAAAACGAUUCCAAGAAUUUAGAUAUUAAUGAUCAGCUUCGAAAUGGCACAGCUUUGGAUUUCAAGUUAAAGAAUAUUAUCACAACAUUUGCUUCAACAUUUAAACUGCUUCACGGAUCUCCUAGGGAUAUUAAUCGUCAAACAUUACAAACAUUACUAAACUCAUUCCUCCCCGCUUACUUAUCCGCCAAUCAUCCAUUAAUUGACCUUAGUAAGGAUUUAGAUUUCAUCUAUACAGUUAUUCUUAACCCUAAAAUCUGUUUGGAUAUAGAAUUGUUUUCAACACAUUUACUUGAUAAAUUUAGUGAGAUUAAACAAUUGUCACUUGUACACUCGGGACAAUUGGUACAUCAAGGAAUGGCGUUGGAAGAUUUUAGAUCAAUAUAUAAUUGGUUAUGCCUACAAGUAACUAGUUCAUCAUUGCCAAAUAAUGGGGAGAGAAAAUUGACUCCCUUUAAGUGUUUGUAUGAGGUGAAAGAUUGUGAUUACUUAAUUGGAUUGAAUGGAAAAAACUUGUUCCUACCCAUUAUCAGUGUCAGCGGAAAUAGGCGUUAUCACUUAUCUGUGUUGAAGUAUGAAUCACUCCUUUUGAUAAUGCUCUUGGAUGAUUCACUAAAGUACGACAUCAACACCAAAACUUUACUUAAUUCCAUUAGGGAAUCGGCAAAAAUCGAUCUUGGCGGGAUGAAAGGCUUGUAUGAGUCAAUUGGAUCAAAAUUUCCCGCCACUACAGAACUUACGAUGAAUUAUGUAACCAGUGAAUCGCAGGGAUCGCUAGGUCCCAAUGGAAAUAACAUUAUGGCACUAUCACUCUAUAAUUUGUUGCGCAAUUUAAACAAUAUUCAAGGCACUACGGAUGAGAUAAACGGAACAGAUAAUUCAGAGGCUGUACCUAUUUGCGUGCAUAAUGCGUCGCUCAAGGCUGGAAAUAUCACUAUAACUUCAAAAAUGGACGUAUCAAAUAGAUUACAUAUCAGGAUGUAA